AUGCCUACUACUACGGUCACGAUAAACGACACACGCGUUCUGGCUGAAAUUGCAGACUGCAUUGCACGGUCCAAGAAAGCCAUUGUGGUGACUGGGGCUGGUAUAAGUACCAAUUGCGGUAUUCCCGAUUUCCGUUCCCAAGAUGGUCUCUACAACCUCGUUAAAUCAAGGUACCCUUCAUCGGUCGUCAAAGGCCGCGACCUCUUCGACUCGGUUCUCUUUUCGGAUCCCACCUCGACCCAGCUCUUUUACACGUUUAUAUCAUCACUGCGCAAUGAGAUAAUCAGGGUUAAGGAUACAACACCUACACACAAGUUUAUCCGGAAGAUGUCUGAGAGUGGGCGGCUGCUGCGAUGCUACACGCAGAAUAUCGAUGGCCUGGAAGAACGCGAGGGAAUGACGACGAACUUGGCGUUGGGAAAGGGGAAGAGGAAGAGGCCCAGCACUGUGCUGGCGGGCGUAGUGGAUAGUGAAGAGGAGAAGGGAUGUCAGGUUGUGCAGCUGCAUGGAGACCUCAAGAAUUUGAGGUGUACGCAGUGCCAGGGUCUGUGCAAGUACGAUAAAGAGCGGGUGGAGAGUCUCCUGGAUGGGACCCCCCCAGAGUGCCCCGUCUGUGCGGGGAAAGAUAAGGCGCGGAGAGAGAACGGGAAACGGGGGACGAAGGUGGGGAGCUUGAGGCCUAAUAUUGUUCUUUAUGGCGAGGAACACCCCCUUGCGGAGAAGAUUGGUUCUCUCACGUCCGCAGACCUUCGCUCAAACCCGGACAUAAUGAUAAUUCUCGGUACUUCCCUUAAAGUAUUUGGUCUUAAGCGCAUUGUUAGGGAGUUUGCUCGUGCUGUGCACGCACGUGGAGGGAAAGUUAUAUAUGUCAACAACACUCCUGCAGCAUACAGCACAUGGAAGGAUAUCAUUGACUACCAUGUCGACAUGGACUGUGAUGCUUGGGUCGCCGACGUAAAAAAAAGACGUUUCGACAUCUGGGAGCGCCAGUUGACAUUGGACCUAGGAAAAGUGACGAAGAAGGCGACGACGACGUCACCAUCCAGGCUGAGCAAGUCCAAGAAGAUCUUCAAGGAGGUGGAGCAGGAGAACGAGAUCAAAGCCCGGCCCAAGGCCAAGGCAACCGGUGCGAGGAAACCCCUGGGUACAAUGACAGGGAACGGGCCUCCAGGCAUUCUGAAGAAGUCCUUCAACUUCACGAUCCCAAUGUGCCCCCCAACCCCGCCACCGACGAACGGUUCCCGCUCGGAGAAGAGGUCGACUGUUAAGUAUGCAAGUACACCGUAUAACCCACCUUCAGUGCCUUCCACUCCUACCGGGCGGCGUAGCAGGUCGGCAUCAAUGUUCCCUACUUCGGUGCCAGCUACCCCGCAGGCAUCGCCAUCUCGCCUGAUUAGUAAACUGAUGUCGACCGUUCGAAUAAACUCGGCAACGAAAGAGCGACUACCCUAUUCUCCCCGACGCGGUAAUAGUCGCUGUGAUUCUAUGGAACAAAGCCCACUUCCAAAAGCGAAACGAAGAAUGUUAGAGAAGAGUAACCCGGUUAUAACAAGAUCAAAAGGGAGGGGGAAAGGAACGGGGUCGGAAUCAAGAGCAAGCCUAGAAAUGGAAGUCUGUGGAACGAUAACACUAAAGCCGCUACAGCUGGCGUCGGGCAUAGAGAGGAGGAUUUCACGAAGAUUGUCAAAGUUACCAGCAGAGGUUCCUGCCUAA